AUGUCCACCGACUUCGGUCGAGGGACGUCGAUUUACAUGAGUCCUGAGUGUAUCGGUGAUAUGACUGCGAAGCAGCCAUACAACACGUACCUCAGCGACAUCUGGUCACUGGGCGUCGUCCUUGUCAACAUGAUCACGGGCUCGCAGCCGUGGUCGAAGGCGACGAUCCAGGAUGCUUGUUUCCGUCAGUUCCUCAUGGACCCGGACUUCCUAUACAAAGCGCUCCCGUUUUCUAAGGAGGCGCACGCCAUCAUCCAGUCGAUGUUCCAUCUCGACCCCACUAAGCGGAUUAGCCUCCGCGCACUCCGGGAAGCGAUCCUGUCGCUUGACACAUUCUUCCGCCCGAUGUCCCAGCGCGGGUACGUUGUUCGCGAGCAUGAGCACCCUACCAGCGGGCUCGCGGCCUCCGGGCGCGGGCUCGAGUCGACUACUGAGGCAUCCGAGAUUGAUAUUCCGUGUGCUGCGUCGGAGCCUGGUGUCCGGGUGGCCCGGGAUUGCUCAGCCGGCUCUGCCGUCGACGUUUCCAUGGCCCAGUUGGGCUUCUCUGUUUCCAGCUCAUGUUCGAGUUCGCGUGCGUCGUCUGGGGUGUCGAGUCCGGAGAAGGUGAUUACCCCGGAGGGCACCACCACCGCUACCAUUUCUAUUUCUAAGGCUAUUAACGAGUGGGAACGGAUGAUGGUGGAUGCGUGCGAAAAGGAAGUCCGUGGCGACCAUGGCUGGCAGAACGGCUCCGUGGCUAGGAUGUUGAUGACUCAGUACCGCUACCAUGAGCGGUGCUCGUUCUAA